AAGUGUUGAGGUUACAUGAGUUGGAAUGUUUUGGCAACAUUUCAAAUUGCGAAUAUGUUACUGUUGAUUUUAUGCUUCAUAAUCAGUACUGCUUUAACGCCUUGGUGUGAUUGUCUAGUAUUCACUGCAAUUCCAUCGAGUAUUGCUUUAUCUGGAUCAUAUCUUAAAUUAUCUUGUUCUUCUAAGAACCAAAUAUUUCCCAUAAUAUGGAGUCAUGAUGGCAAAGACAUAGCGGAAAACUGCCAUUUCUACACUGAAAAUCACCGUUACAUAUGCAACAGACUCAAUGAUGUUUAUGAGAUUUAUAUACCAUCAGUCAAGUAUGAAGACAGAGGAAACUGGUCCUGUGCUCAUGGACCGAAAACUCAAAAGUCGAUAUACAUUGAUGUUUUAGUGAAAGCAGAUGUCUAUCCACCGAAACUAUUAACCCUCCCAACAAACGCGGACGUAUCAACUCAUCAAAAGCCGUCUGUCAUCGAGACAGUCGAUUCAAGUGGAUUACAUGAGAAGGCUGUAAUUGGACAUAUAUCUGGAAUGGGAACAUUUAAUAAGCCCAUUGAUUUGACAAAUAAAAGGAUUUAUGCUGAAAAUGGAAUUUUUAUUGAAUGUACAACAUCUUGUGCAUCAUCAGUUAAAGGGAUUAACUGGAGAGCACAGAAUUCAACAUGGACUCACAGUCUACAUGUAGAACAAGAUAUUACUACUGAUAAUGAUAUUGUUUUCCAUGAAAUACACAAGAUACCGCAUAAAUUAGAUCAUGAUAAAUCUAACUGUCAAAAUGGUUUACAAUCGGUUAAAAGUCGUAUACAAAUCAAAUGUGAUGCGACUACAACAAGGGGAGUACAGAAACGAACAAAUAAUCUAUUAUCUCAUUCACUGAUUGGUUUGAAUAAAAUCACUUGUUUUCCAUAUUAUGAAAAGCCUAUGGAAUAUAAAUUAUCUAAAAUUAAUCAUUUAAAUGAAGAGAUGAAUGUUUAUCAAUAUAAUCCUAAUAAAAAUAAUUGGCCUGAUGUUAAUAGUCAAACAGUCUGUUUUGUUGAUGAUGGGAACGGUUAUUUACAAGCUGCUGCUUGUAUUUAUGUUUUAUGUCCAGGUCAACCAGUCGCAUGGUUCACAUUUGGAGAGAAGAUAGCACUGGCAACAUCUGUCGCCUUAUUCAUUGUUUUAAGUUCACUAUUUUGUUAUGUAACACGUCAACGUCGAAGAGCCAAGCGGAAAGCAGAUAUGUCACCUGGACAACAGCAUGAAAUUGAACUUAUGCUAUAGCCAGUCUGAUCUAUCACUUUUUAAUAAUUACUUUUAAUUAAUCUGUGCCUUUUAACUUUGUAUAAAAAUUUCUUUUGUUUUUACUUUUAUCAUUAUUAUUAUUUAUAUAAAUAUUAAUAACUGCAAUAAUGAUGACGUAAUAGACACUUCAGUUUUAGGCAUCAUUGAAUGAAUAUUUUUUGUGAUUAUUUUCUAUUUUUGUCUAAUAUCUUCUAUAGGACUAAAAUUACUACUGUACAGCUUUGUAUAAUUUGUAUAGAGAAAUUAUUCCGUUUUUACAACAACAACACCACCAACAACAA